UCCCUCAACGCCGCCUCCUCGUCCUUCCCGAACCCCAGUGAGUGGGAAAAGCUCACAGUGGCACCUGAAUAGGGACACAUGGAAGGACAAUCUCCGCUGUCGCUGGCCCUUCAGCACCUCGCUGCGAUGCAGGAGAGCACCAUCACGCUGCAGCAGCAGCAGUCCCAGCUCCUCGCGGACAUGGCGGCGUCACAGCGGGACGAUCGUGCUCUCCUGCGGGAGCUGCUGCAACGCCCGGCUGCCCACGGCGCCGACCCGGAGCCCGGUCGAGGACGGUCUCCGCCCGUCGCCCUGCAGCGGAUGACCGCGGAAGAUGACCCGGAGGCAUACCUGGACAUCUUCGAGGGCACGGCGGAGGCGUGUGGGUGGCCGGAGGAGGAGAGAGCGCUUCGGCUUCUUCCCCUGCUCACUGGCGUGGCGCAGCUGGCUGCGCACAGCCUGCCGGCGGCGGCGCGCCACGACUACACACAGCUGAGGAGAGUCAUCCUGGACCGGCUGGGCAGUACGUCGGAGGGACACCGGCGGCGGUUCAGGGGGCGCUCCUUUGAAGAAGCCGGGCGCCCCUUUGCAUACGCGCAGCAGCUCCUGGACGCAGCGAGGCGCUGGCUCCAGCCGGGGACCCACUCCGCUGAGGACGUCGUUGGACAGGUGGCGCUGGAGCAGUUCAUCGCUGGGUUACCAUCGUCCACAGCCAAUUGGGUCCAGUGCCACCGCCCGGCCAACAUCGAGGCAGCGAUCGUCCUCGCGGAGGACCAUCUCUCUCUUCCCCGGCGGAGCAUGAGGGAGGAGACCAGGCCAGCGACGAUCCCUGCCAGCCGUCCCACUCCAGCCCCGAGGAGGAGGUUCCCAGCGGCAUCGGCUCCUACACCACACCCACGCACACACACACACACACACACACAGCCGGAGCAUGCAUCGCUCCGGUUGUCUAAUUACCCUCUGCCGUCUUUCCCUCAGGGCCCAGCCUACGUGUCUGAUCACCUGGCACCCCGGGGGGCUCCUCAGACGCCAGGGCAGGUGUGCUGGCGGUGUGGGCAACCCGGCCACAUCAGAGCGGAGUGCCCGCUCAUGGAAGUGGGGCAAGUGGUUCGGGUUGCCGGGCCGCCGGCCCCCUCCCCCGGUUUGGAAGGGACGUACCGUAUACCGUAGGCUGGGUCCUCACACGGAC